AUGGCGCCUACGUUCAAUCAAGUGGCAGAGUUCUCAUCUAUAAGACUAAUACUUCGAGCUUGUCAAGACCAAUACAAUCGUAAACAGAAAAAGGUUGAGAAAGCUUAUACAGUACAACACGAGAUGGGAAUCACUCGAUUCAUCGGCGUACUCUUGCCAUUCACACUCGCCAUCGUAUCGACCAUCUUCGUCCUCGUCCCUGCCCUCGCAGGUGUCACCGACAAAUCCCCCUACAUAUUCCAACUCAACGUUGAGAAUCUCAGCAUUAGCCCCGCCAGCGAUUUGAUCGAAAGGCUUGACCUCCGUGCCGAGAUAAUCAGCAAGAACAUCACAGCCGAUGUGCUGGGCCUCGACAAAACUUACGAUAUCACCCUCUGGGGCUACUGCCACACCGACAAAGAUGGCAAGCGAGAGUGCUCACAACCAAAGUUCGAUUGGGUCAGAAAGAAGAUGACGAAUGAGUACCUUGAGGAUGCGGAUAAGAGCGUCAAGAUCAAGGUCCCGAGAGAGAUCAAGACUGCCAUCACAGCUUUUGGAGGCAUCACAAGAGCGGCCGAAGUCGCCUUUAUCGUUGCCCUACUUGAGCUAGCUAUCCAAGUUGCUCUUGGUAUUUUCGCAGUCUGCUCUCGCGAGCUCACAUGCUGGACGUGGAUGAUCUCUGGUCUUGCCUCUGCUUCUGUCCUUGCACCCGCCAUUCUUGCAACCAUCAUGGCAUCUAUCUCGAUCGGCGCCGUGGAGAGUACCGCAAAAUUGUAUGGCGUCAGGGGAGAGAUCAAUGUUGUCUUCCUCGCCAUCAUCUGGAUUGCUGUCAUCUUGGCCAUUGCUGCCAAUAUGCUCUGGAUACUGCCUACGCUCUGUUGCAAGCCCAAGCGGCGAAUAUCUGAGGAUAAGAGAUUGCUCGAUCGAGGCUCUCAGUUCGGUGCCUACACCCCUAUUGAUGAAGGGCACGAGAUGCAGCCCACCUCUUAUAAUCGUGUCCUGGCCCCAUCUCUAUCUGCCGAUGCUCGUGCAGAUAUGGCUUACGAAACCUACACUCACCAGGUUUAG